GACAUGUUGAUGCUGGGAAGAGUACUUUGAUGGGGCAUUUAUUGUAUUUGCUUGGUAAUGUCUCUUCAAAGCAGCUUUCCAAGUUUCAGUGGGAAGCUCAAAAAAUGGGUAAAGCUUCAUUUGCCUACGCGUGGAUUCUCGAUCAAACUUCAGAGGAGCGCUCACGUGGUGUGACAAUGGACAUAGCUCAAACUGCCUUCGAAACUAGAACAAAGCGAAUAGCCCUUUUAGAUGCACCUGGGCAUCGCGAUUUUGUUCCGAGAGUAAUUGGCGGAGCUUCCCAGGCAGACGCUGCAUUGCUUGUGGUGAAUGCAUCCAAUGGCGAAUUCGAAACAGGAUUUGAUGUUGGUCUUGGCCAAACUCGAGAGCAUGCCUGUCUAGUGCGACUUUUAGGUGUCAAUGGAAUAAUUGUUGCCGUAAAUAAAAUGGAUACAGUCUCUUGGUCUCAGACUCGCUAUGAUGAAAUCCGUCAAAGAUUGGCCAACUUUCUUAAAUCUUUAAAUCUUACUGAAGUUGUAUACUGUCCUGUUUCGGGCUUGACAGGUGAUAACCUUGUGCCAAAAUCUAAAGCUGAACGAGGAUCGAAAAUGAUGGAAUUAGCUCCCUGGUAUAAUGGACCCAGCUUGUUAGAAAUUAUCGGCAACAAUAACUCAUCCACAAAUUAUUUUGCUUGUCUUUUACUAGCACUUUUUUCAUUUGCAGAUAAACUUCCUGUCCCCGAACGUCAGGUCGAUGCUCCUCUCCGCUUCGUAGUUAGCGAUCUCUUCAAGCCUGUAGGCCUAGGUCAACCAGUGGUAGCUGGUCGCGUCAUAUCUGGCGCUCUCUCUGCUGGCGUCAACUUGCCGACCAGUCGAGUUAUCUGCCAGCCAAGUGGAAACCAUGCUAUCAUCAAGAGCAUCCGGUCAAUGUGCACCUCUAAUGCUUCAGGACCUAACAAUGGGAACAAUAUUGAAGGUGUAUAG